GAUUUUGUCACUGGGGAAAGAAAAGCCACGUUUUUCCACAUCAGCUGAAGGUCAAGUUCAGGUAUAAAAGAACAGGAGACCCAUUCGUUCAUUGCAGAAGCAUUGUAACUCAUUGCAGUCAUGCUCAGGUUUUUGGUGUUGACAAGCCUCGCAGCCAUCGUGCUGGCAGAGCCCCAGCCCAGGUAUCUGGAGGACAGGCAUGAAAGGGUUGUUGGAGGUGAGGUGGCCAGUCCCAACUCUUGGCCCUGGCAGAUCUCUCUUCAGUACCUGUCUGGCGGUAGCUACUACCACACAUGUGGAGGAACCCUCAUUGAGAGAGACUGGGUGAUGACUGCUGCUCACUGUGUGGACAGCACUAGGACGUGGCGUGUGGUAGUUGGCGAACACGAUCUCUACACCAACAGUGGCAGAGAGCAGAUCAAGACUGUCAGCCAGGUCUACGUCCACCCCAAAUGGAACCGUUACAGUGUGGCCAGCGGGUAUGACAUUGCCCUGCUGAAACUGUCCUCUGCGGCUUCUCUGAACUCUUACGUCCAGCUUGGUGCUCUGGCUCCCUCCGGCAAUAUUCUGCCCAACAACAGCAACUGCUACAUCACCGGAUGGGGACGCACCUCCACUGGCGGUCCCAUCUCUGAUGAGCUCAAGCAGGCCUACCUUCCUAGCGUGGACCAUAACACCUGCAGCAGCUCUAGCUGGUGGGGCAGCACUGUGAAGACCACCAUGGUGUGUGCCGGAGGUGGUGCGGAAUCUGGAUGCAACGGUGACUCUGGCGGCCCUCUGAACUGCCUGAUCAAUGGAAGAUACUACGUGCACGGUGUCACCAGCUUUGUGUCUAGUUUAGGUUGCAACACUAUCAGGAAGCCCACAGUCUUCACCCGUGUCUCUGCCUACAUUGACUGGAUUGACUCGAUCAUGUAUUAAGAGCAACAGUCAUCCGUGUGGCAGCACACAAAGGCUGACACCAUAGUCCAUCGACUGUUCCUACAUAAUGAUCUGAUGUCAUUCUACAAAUAUAAACUUCAUUCAA